GCUCCUCCGCUCGCUCGCGCCGAGGAAAACGUUGCGCAGGUUCAAAAAUGGAACGUCGGCGGCGUGAGGGAGCGCGAGGGGGUGUGCGCGCGUGCGCGUGCGCGUGCGCGCCCGGGCGAGGGUGACCGGGACCCCGCCGCCGGCCCGAGCAUCGCGCGCCGCAGCCGCGGGCCCGCAGCUCCGCCCCCGGCCCGGCCCGGCCCGGCCCCGGGCCCGCUCGUCCGCCGCCCCGCAUGGAGCUGUCAGCCAUCGGCGAGCAGGUGUUCGCUGUGGAGAGCAUCCGGAAGAAGCGCGUGCGGAAGGGUAAAGUCGAGUAUCUGGUGAAGUGGAAAGGAUGGCCCCCAAAGUACAGCACGUGGGAGCCAGAAGAGCACAUCCUGGACCCCCGCCUGGUCAUGGCCUAUGAGGAGAAGGAGGAGAGAGACCGAGCGUCGGGGUAUAGGAAGAGAGGUCCGAAACCCAAGCGGCUUCUGCUGCAGCGGCUGUACAGCAUGGACCUGCGGAGCUCCCACAAGGCCCAGGGCAAGGAGAAGCUCUGCUUCUCCCUGACGCGCCCACUCGGCAGCGGGAGCCCCGAGGGGGUGGUCAAGGCGGGGGCGCCUGAGCUGGAGGACAAGGGCCCCUUGGUGCCCACCCUGCCCUUCCCGCUCCGCAAGCCCCGAAAGGCCCACAAGUACCUGCGGCUCUCACGCAAGAAGUUCCCGCCCCGCGGGCCCAACCUGGAGAGUCACAGCCAUCCACGGGAGCUCUUCCUGCAGGAGGCACCGGCACCGGACGUCCUGCAGGCCGCCAGCGAGUGGGAGCCUGCUGAGCAGCCCCCCGAAGCGGAGGUAGCAGAUGCGGACCUGGCCGAGGGGCCCCCUCCCUGGACACCCGCGCUCCCCACAAGUGAAGUGACAGUGACAGAUAUCACCGCCAACUCCAUCACCGUCACCUUCCGCGAGGCCCAGGCCGCUGAGGGCUUCUUCCGAGAUCGCAGCGGGAAGUUCUGAGGCACCGUUUUUACUUCUCUUAGACUGCUUUCUUCGGGGCUUGGGGUGGGGACUUCCAGAGGUGGGGAGGGGUCUGGGGGGUAAUUAUUUUAUUUAAAAAUAUGAAACGGGAGGAGGGGGAAAUCCCAACACUUCCACCAUCCUCCCCUUUCUCUGUGGGUGAUGUUUACAGAGAGGCCUCCGGGUCUGUUUCUGGCAGGGGGUGGGUACCAUCUCCAGAGCAGAAGGGGACAGGGCCACCCCCCGGACACCUCCAUCACCAUUCUCCCCAGACCCAGCAGCUGCCCUGGAACUAAGCGCAGGAGGCGGAAGGCCCGGCCCCCUUGCGCAGCCCCCAGCCCCGGGCCUGAUUCUGCCUUUGCCUCUGGAGGAGGGGUCUGUCUUUUUGUGGUUGCACUCCAGCUUGGUGGGAUGGAGGCUGCCUUUGCCCAGAGGGCGGGUCAGAGCGCAGGGGCCAAAGGAAGGGUUAGAGAUGGCUGCAGGGUCCUGAGUCUACCCUUCAGAGCCGUCUGCUUUCCCUGGGCCGGCUGCCAGCAGAGGCCUCCUGCUGAGCUUCACCAGUCCCCCUCACAAGACACCUCCCCCCCCCCCCCACCCCCGCCACCCCAGCUGCACCGUGUGCACGCACCUUGCCCUCCUGCCCCGUGAUGUGUGCAUGUAACUGCAGACAUGUGCGACGGGUCCUGCAAAUCUCCUGUUUAGAAACCUGAUCAGGUGAAUGUGAGGUGAUCACAGCACAAAAGAACUUGCCCAGGGCACCACACACUCACCCACCUGGCAUGGCCGGUCACAUGACCGGAUCUGGCCCUACUCCCUUCGUUCCCUGGAAGCUGUCGGCAGGGGUCUGGCAUGGCAGGUGGCCUCUGCUGCUCCGGGCACGCAUGUGGUGUGUGGCUUCGCCCGGCCAGCUGCAGGCGUGGCAGCGUCUGCGGGUGGGCCUGCGCUUCGUCCUGAGGGGCUCUGUUCUCUCUGACUCAGGUGACCUUUCAGCCCUUCCCACUCCCCUCCUCUGCCCUCUCCUCAACUCAGCCAGUGGUGGGUGUGCGUGGUCAGGGAGGGAGGGAGUCCCACCACCUUCUCAGGGCAGCCUCAACUCCCUCCAUCCCGCCUCCUUGCAUCCUGUGCCCCCUCUGCACCCCUCCAUGCCGAAGCUGGGCUGGCCUGUGUCUUCCUGCAGUCAGGCUGCGGGGGUGGGGGACGGGGGCAGGCUGUGCACAAGCCCCAGGCCGCCCUCCAGCACAGGCUGUGUCUGCCAGCGGGAGGGCACUCACUUUCUAGUUUGCACCAAUGUGCCCUGUGCACUGGUAGCUCCCCUGGCAGUGAGGAGUGGCUUCUGCCCCGUCCCAGCCCUGUAGGCAGAAAAGGCCACAAGGUGGGGUUGGGGGUUGGGAGAGGGGAGUGCAGGAGGGCAAGUACAAGCCUGGCCCUCCACCCUUCCGCCACCCUGCCUGCCCUCCAGGGCCGCCCUCCCCCUGUGUCCUGAGGCAAGGAUAGGGCUAUUCCUUCCCAAGCCCCCUCCCCAGUUCCCAAACCAAAGACACCGCACCCCAUUUCUGUGUUGGGUGCCCUGCUGGCAAGAUUCUCAAAUCCCUGGUCUCUCUCCCCUUCCUCCUUAUUUCUUCACUGUCCAGGGUCAAUUCAGUGCUUCCAUUGGGGACA